AUGAAAGAGCUCGGAUUUAUUGUCUUACUACUGAAUCGUUAUUCACAAUCGUUAUUAUGUUAUGACUGUUAUGAGAUGGAACCUUCGAAUGAAAAAUGCACAAAACUGAGAAACUGUACUGGUGAAGCAUGUAUAUUAUAUGAAGACAGCAAUAUGUUAUUAACAACAGCAUUUUGUUUGCUUAAUCUUCCUGAACAUUAUCAGAAUAGAAUCAAAAUAACUGAUGCUGAAUGUUGGAUGGAGACUAAUGGAAAAGGAAUACAUUGCAUAUGCUCAAAAAAUUUUUGUAAUAAACUUCGAGAUCGACGAAAUUUACAAAAUAAUAAGCUACCAAUUGCAAAUGCAACUAUGAUCAAAUUGAAUCCGUUGAUUGAUUACAAUUAUGACUACAAAGUUGGAGAUUUCAAGACGGAUUUCAUGAAUACAAAUGAUGAAUUUGACGAUUCCUCAAAAGGUUAG